CCUGCGCGGCGGCGGGAGGGGGGUGGGGGGAGCGGCCCGCGCUGCCGAGACGCCGCCGCCGCCGGUCACGUGCGGGGCCGGUGCGUAUAACCAGAGCGGGCGGCGGCGGCGGGAGCUGUGCGGAGCGACACGCGCGGAGAGCGCCGGUGGUUCUGCUGAAGUUCUCUCUUGCUUGGAACCGUGCUUGCCUGCUGAUCCGGUGAGAUCUUGCCCUAGUAGUGAGAUGAGUACUGAAGCAGAACAGCAGCUUCUCCAUGAUGCUAGAAAUGGAAAUGCUGAAGAAGUUAAACAGCUGUUGGAUACCAUGACCAAAGGAGAAAUAAGCUUUGAUAUCAACUGUAAAGGCAGAAGUAAAUCGAAUAUGGGUUGGACACCUCUUCACCUUGCAUGCUACUUUGGACAUGGUGUUGUGGUAGAGGAUUUGCUGAAGGCUGGUGCAGAUGUGAAUGUGCUGAAUGACAUGGGGGACACUCCACUCCAUCGUGCAGCUUUCACAGGACGCAAGGAGGUGGUGAUGUUACUCUUGCAGCAUAACGCUGAUACUUCUAUUGUUAACGGGAGUGGAGAGACUGCAAAAGAAGUUACUCAUGACAAAGACAUAAGGAAUAUGUUGGAAGCAGUGGAAAGGACACAAGAAAGGAAACUGGAAGAAGAACUCCUAGGAGCAGCAAGAGAGGGCGAAACAGGGAAACUGACUACCUUGUUAAACAAACCUAAACCACCAGAUAUCAACUGUACAGAUCAGAUGGGGAACACACCAUUGCAUUGUGCAGCAUACCGUGCCCAUAAGCACUGCGCAUUGAAACUUCUAAAAAAUGGAGCAGAUCCUAAAAUAAGAAACAAAAAUGAUCAGACACCCCUUGAUCUAGCCCAAGGUGCAGAAAUGAAACUGAUACUGGGAGGUAAAACUGGAAAGGUUAUCAACAAACCCCUGAGACGAUAUGAAGGUCUCCUAUGGAAGAGCUCACGGUUUUUUGGUUGGAAACUCUACUGGAUAGUUCUAGAACAUGGCGUCCUUUCCUGGUAUCGGAGACAAGCUGAUGCAGUAAAUAAUGAUCAUCGUCAGGGAUGCAAGCAUCUAACACAAGCUGUCUGCACGGUAAAAUCUACAGACAGUUGUUUCUUUUCUGUUAGAUGUUUUGAUGACACUGUUCAUCGUUUCAAGAUUCCUAAAAAUAGCCUUCCUUCUCAGACUAGAGAGAGUUGGCUGGAAGCAAUAGAAGACCACUCUGCAUAUAGCACUCAUUACUGCACACAGGAACAGUUGAGUAGUGAUGAUGAGGAAGAUGAUACAGUAUCUGUGACAGACCUACAGGAUACUCUGAAAAAAGCACAAGCAUGCCAACAAAGACUCAGUAAAGAGAUUUCAGACUUCCUUGCAAUGGUUAAAUCUUUGGAUGCUACAAAAGGAAUAUCUUCUCCCCUCCUGAAAAAAGUUGAUGUGGUCUCUGAAGUAUCACAGGAAACAUGUGAGGCCCUGGCUGACUGCCUCAACCUAUUCACAAAGCAAGAAGGGGUGAGGAAUUUGAAACUGGAGCAUGAGCAGGAAAAAAACAAGAUCUUGUCAGAAGCGUUAGAGACACUAGCUACGGAACACCAUGAAUUAGAGCAGUCUCUGGUUAAGGGAUCUCCACCUCUCAGCAUCAUCAGUGAAGAGCAGUUCUAUGAUGCUGUUUCAGAUUCAGAAUCUGAAAAAUCAUUAAGUGGGUUUGAAACAACAGUGGCCUACUCAUUAGAGGACAGCAUGGAUUCAAAAGAUACAAUAACUUCAAGCAUGUCUGAAGAAAAGGUUUGUGGCAGUGGGGAGUCGCUGUCUAACGGAAUCAAAAAACACAGAACAAGCUUGCCGUCUCCAAUGUUUUCCAGAAAUGACUUCAGUAUCUGGAGUAUCUUAAGAAAAUGUAUUGGAAUGGAGUUGUCGAAGAUCACCAUGCCAGUUAUAUUCAAUGAGCCAUUGAGCUUUCUACAGCGACUUACAGAGUAUAUGGAGCAUACAUACCUCAUCCACAAAGCCAGCUCACUUUCCAGCACAACUGAGCGAAUGCAGUGUGUUGCUGCAUUUGCUGUGUCUGCUGUAGCCUCGCAGUGGGAACGUACAGGGAAGCCAUUCAACCCCUUGCUUGGAGAGACAUAUGAAUUGAUCAGAGAUGAUCUUGGCUUUAGACUUCUCUCAGAGCAAGUUAGCCAUCAUCCACCAAUCAGUGCUUUCUAUGCUGAAGGUUUAAAUAAUGAUUUUGUGUUUCAUGGAUCAAUUUAUCCUAAACUCAAAUUCUGGGGCAAGAGCGUGGAAGCAGAACCAAAAGGCACAAUGACUUUGGAGCUUCUUGAACACAAUGAAGCCUACACAUGGACAAACCCUACCUGCUGUGUGCACAACAUUAUUGUGGGCAAACUUUGGAUUGAGCAGUAUGGAAAUGUGGAAAUAACUAACCAUAAAACUGGUGAGAAAUGUGUACUAAGCUUCAAGCCCUGUGGCCUCUUUGGGAAGGAGUUACACAAAGUUGAAGGCUACAUUCAGGACAAAAGCAAAAAGAAACUUUGCGCACUGUAUGGGAAGUGGACUGAGUGUUUGUACAGUGUUGACCCAGCUACAUUCGAAGCUUACAAAAAAAAUGACAAGAAAAAUGCAGAAGAGAAGAAAAGCAGUAAACAGGUGGGCAAUACUGAGGAACCAGAUGAGAUGCCGUUACCAGAUUCUGAGAGUGUGUAUGUUAUUCCUGGAAGUAUUUUGCUAUGGAAGAUAACUCCAAGACCUCCAAAUUCAGCACAGAUGUAUAAUUUUACUAGCUUUGCUAUGGCUUUGAAUGAGUUGGACAAAGAAAUGGAGAGUGUCAUUCCCAAAACUGACUGCCGGCUGCGACCAGAUAUCAGAGCCAUGGAAAAUGGAGAAAUAGAUCUAGCUAGUGAAGAAAAGAAGAGGCUAGAAGAAAAACAAAGGACUGCCCGCAAAAAUCGUUCAAAGUCAGAGGAAGACUGGAAGACGAGUCACCCAUCAUUCCAGAGUCCCAGGUUUGGACAUGUCUGCCUUUGUCAUUUUCCUGUGCCUGCUCUCUUGAAGUGUUUGGGUUUGUUUGCCCUGAGACUGGUGGAAAAUAACAUCUUUGUAAUGCUUCCAAGUAAACGUGUUAAGUGCUGGACAGCCUUGCACCUCCCUCUUUCCUGAAUUCACAGUGGUUCUAGCUCUCACCAAAUGUUUUCAAAGUAAGCAAUAGUUAUACUGUGUUCCUCCAGGUGCCUGAAGUAGCUUAAGGUAUAUCUCAAAGCACCUGAGGUUGGUAUUGGAAACUGAGGAAUUCCCAGGGGGCAACUCAGAGCAAUGGUUUUUGGGGUAUAUAAUUAGUGCAGACACCAGUCCCAAGGUUCUUCAGUUGCUGUUGUACAGGUACUGUAGACCUGCUCAGUGCUUGCCUGGGGUGUCCUUAAAGAAUCCUUUGUUUUCCAGGAUGUUUCUAAAGCUUUGGCAGAAAAUUCCUAGUGUCUGAUCUCUUUAGUAGGAAUGCCAAGUGUGACUGCCUCUAAAGGAUGAACACAAAAUGUGGAGGAAGAGUUGUGCUUCGGGGAAGAAAUGCAUACUGUGAAGGGAAACUCUCCUACCUGUUCCCAGAAGGUCACCUGUCUUAAUCACAGAAUCACAGAAUGGUAGGGGUUGGAAGGGACCUCUGGAGAUCAUCUUGUCUAACCCACCUGCUUGAGCAGGGAUACCCAGAGCAGGGGGCACAGGAACGUGUCCGGGUGGGUUUUGAAUGUCUCCAGGGAAGGAGACUCCACAGCCUCCCUGGGCAGCCUGUUCCACUGCUCUGGCACCCUCACAGGAAAGAUAUUUUACCUCAUAUUCAGAUGGAGCAUCCUGUGUUCCAGUCUGUGCCCAUUGCCCCUUGUCCUGUCAUUGGGCACCACUGAAAAGAGCCCAGCCCCAGCCUCUUGACACCCACCCUUUAGAUAGUUAGAAGCAUUGAUAAGAUCCCCCCUCAGGCUUCUCUUCUCCUGGCUAAACAAAUCCAGGUGUCUCAGCCUUGCCUCGUAAGGCAGAUGUUCCAGUCCCCUGAUCAUCUUUGUAGCUCUGACUUUCUCCAGUAGUUCCCUGGCUUUCUUGAACUGGAUGGCCCAAAACUGGACACAGUACUCCAGAUGUGGUCUCACCAGGGCAGAGUAGAACGGGAGGAUAACCUCUCUCGACCUGCUGGCCACACUCCUUUUAGUGCAGCCCAGGAUACCGUUGGCCUUCCUGGCCGCAAGGGCUCGUUGCUGGCUCAGGGUCAACUUGUCCACCAGCACUCCAGGUCCUCAGCAGAGCUGCUUUCCAGUAGUUCAGCCCCCAGCCUGUACUGGUGCAUGGAGUUGUUCCUCCCCAGGUGCAGGACUUUACUCUUGCUUUUGUUGAAUUUAAUUAUGUUCCCCUCAGCCCAGCUUUUCAGCCUUAAUCUGCAGUGUAAUAUAAACUCUUUAAACUACUGCAAUCUCCUUACCACAGAAAAGCAGGCUUCUUAGUUUGUCUUAGAGGAGUUCCUCCCUCAUAAGACAACUCUCCAAAGUGCCUAAUGAUUUUUUUAGAUUAUUUUGAAUCCACUUUCAAUGUGGGGUCUUGGUUUUUCUGAAAAAGUGAUUCAUGUUGAACACUUACUGUUCUAGAGACUGAUCAGUAGUUUUAAGUCUUGAAUAAAAGACUAGUUCAGUUCUGAAACACAGCAGUGGUCUGUUGCUAUUGAUGAUGAAAAUCAGUCCCCUCCUUCUCCCAUCACUUCCCUCGCUAGAUUAUCCGAUUGCUUUGGGUCUGUUCCUGUCUCUCAAACUUAGUUAUUCUGAUUGCCUUUUCCCAUCCUAUUGAAGUAGGUGGUCACUGGAGGAGGGGCACAUUGUCCUGACUUCACAAGUGUUGCAGACACACUAGUGAGGUAUUGGGUGGUAGAAUUCCUUAACGUGAGAGUGACGUGACUGUGCUUAUAGCCCUGCCUCUCAGCAAACUCUGCUCUGGAAUGAGCUGCUAUUACCUGUGAACUAGGAGGUGAACUUGAUGCAUGUGCACAUGCAUGUACCGGUUACUUUGGAAUAGCUGAUGUAUCCUGUGUGGAGGUGAUGCAGUAGUGAACCAUGUGCAGAAGAGGGGUUGAAAUGACUGUCUUCUCUUGGCUUUGGUUCACUUAACCAGGACAGCAGGAGAACCACUGAAGCAUUCAACUGUUCAGUUUACCACCAUGAAGAUGGUACAAAGCAUUUCUUCCGAUACAUAUCUCAAAUCUUUUGAGCCAAGCAAGACUUGCCUGUUAGCUGUCCUGCUCUGUAACACGACUCUGUAGUACUGAUGGCCUUUAUGCUUUUGCUCUUUUUAAAGAGAUCAAGUCAUGUUUGGUCCGAAUGUGCUUUAAUUUCUGUUCUGAACCUUUAUAGUACCUUAAAAAGGAAGAGCUGAGUUAAAAUGGGCUGCCUUGCACACGCAUGAUUUACCUAAGUGUGUUUGCUGCAGUGAGGCAUAUAAAUGAAAAGCUGGCUGUUGUGGCCAGUGAGGAGGUGAAAGGAAGCUGUGGAGAGUAUCAACCACAGAAACAGCUUCUAGCAAGCUUGCCUGUGCCAUAAACACAGCUUGGCAAAAUAUAGCAAGAAGUUAAAAUACUACAGGUCUGGUACUGUGCAGUGUGUGCUUUUGAGGCAGGAGAUCGAGUAACUGGGCCCAAACAGAAAGUGGUGUUCAGUGACAGGCUGCAGGAUUGCCAGAAAUGGGUGUGGGAGGAAGAAGGACAUGUUUCUGUGCCACGGUGAUUUGACAGGGUUGUACUCACCACUGGGGAAUACUUGCCAGUAGCAUGGCCUUAUAAGUACACCUUAUUGUGCAGAUAGAUAACACUCCCUGCUGCCUCCAGAAAGGUUUCAUACACACGUGCAUGUAA